UCAUCAGGAUGGCAAACUUCAAGGGUCAUGCACUUCCAGGCAGCUUCUUCGUGCUCUUUGGGCUCUGGUGGUCUGUGAAAUACCCUCUGCAGUAUCUCAGCAAGAAAGCAAAUAAGAAAUCCCACAGGGCUCACUGUUUCCAGUGUGUGGAUGCCAUCGAAGGGGGAAUCAAAAUCGUCUUUGCCCUGAUAGGGAUGCUGGCGGAGCAGUUUGUCCCGGAUGGGCCACACCUGUACCUCUACGUUGGGGACAAGCGCGACUGGGUGAAGCUGAUGAACUGGCAGCACACCACCAUGUACCUCUUCUAUGGACUGUCUGGGGUGGUGGAUGUCUUCACCUACAUCUCCCAGCUGGUGCCACGGGGUCUGGAUCGUCUCAUGCUCUCCGUGGCUGUGUUUGUUGAAGGUUGUCUCUUCUAUUACCACGUCCUUCACCGCCCCAUGCUGGAUCAGCAUAUCCACUCCCUGCUGCUCAUCACCAUCUUCGCAGGGGCUGGCAGCAUCAUGCUGGAGGUCUUCCUCCGUGACCACAUUGUCCUGGAGAUGUUCAGAGCUGGGGUCACCAUUGUGCAGGGCACAUGGUUCUGGCAGAUUGGUAUUGUGCUGUUCCAGCCAUGGGGAGGUCCCAUGUGGGAUGAGACAGACCAUGACAACAUCAUGUUCCUCACCAUGUGCUUCUUCUGGCACUGGGCAGCUGCUGUGGCUGUGCUGGUGAUAAACUUCACCCUCACCUGCUGGUGCCUCCAGAGGUUUGGGAGAGGUGGCACAGAGCCCUACAUCAGCCUGGGGGUUCGGCAGCACAAAGGUGACAGCAGCUCCCAAGUUGCCUUCCUGAAUGGCUCUGAUGAAGAGUGA